AGUGCAUGAUUAAAUUUUAAUUUUCAGGAUUAAUCAUUCUUCCUUUAUAUCCCGGACUUUCACGAGCAGAUCAGGAGCUGGUAUUUUCACCCACUCCUGGUGGCAAGAGGAAAGUAGUGAUAUCAACAAAUAUUGCCGAGACAUCAUUGACUUUGGAGGGUAUUGUUUAUGUUGUUGACAGCGGAUUCUCAAAACAACGUUUCUACAAUCCGAUGCCCAGGUUCAUCCCUAAAUAGGUAACAGACAAAUGCAGAUAGUGAAACCAAGUCUCUGGAAGGUCAGCAAUGAUAUUUCAGACAUUGAAAGUCUUGUAGUAGCACCAAUAUCCAAGGCAUCUGCAAGGCAAAGGGCUGGUAGGGCUGGGAGAGUUAGGCCUGGGAAGUGCUACAGGCUAUACACGGAAGGGUUUUUUGUCAAUGAAAUGUCUGCAGAGGGGAUCCCUGAGAUGCAGCGAUCAAAUCUUGCUUCUUCUGUUAUUCAGUUAAAAGCCUUAGGUAUAGAUAAUAUCUUGGGCUUUGAUUGGCCAUCAUCACCAUCUUCUGAAGCAAUGAUCCGAGCACUUGAAUUACUUUAUUCACUUGGUGUUCUGGAUGAUGAUGCCAAACUAACUUCACCAGCAGGAUUUCAAGUUGCAGAAAUUCCACUGGAUCCAAUGAUCUCAAAAAUGAUUUUAGCUUCUCAAGAACUUGGUUGUUCAGAGGAGAUCAUUACCAUAGCCGCUAUUCUUUCAAUCCAAUCUAUUUGGGUUUCUGUUAGGGGGUCACAGAAGGAACUGGAUGAAGCCAAGCUGAGAUUUGCUGCUUCUGAGGGUGACCAUGUCACUUUUCUAAAUGUAUACAAAGGAUUUCUCAAGUCUGGUAAAUCUUCGAAGUGGUGUUAUAAGAACUUCAUAAACUACCAUGCCAUGAAAAAGGUGAUGGAGGUUCGAGAACAACUUAGAAGAAUAUUACAGAGAUUAGGAUUGGCUUUAAAGUCUUCUGAUGGAGAUAUGCAGGUAAGCGUGUGAUGUCGCUAAUAUUAAGGUAGUUUCAGCAGUAAGAUUACUUCUCUCUCUGAGAGAACUUCCUACACAGGAUUACUUCUCUCAUAGAAAAGAUUAUUCAUGUUUAUGUGAUGGUGUGUAAUAGUUUUUUUGAUGUGUUUGGAACUAAAAAUGAAUGUUUGAUUCCUUUUAUGAGUUCCUCACUUUUCAAGUAUUAAAGUCUUCUCAAGCAUCCAAAAUAGGAGAAAGAUAUCUUUUUGAUUGUCUCGUGCUUGAGUACAUGGUGAAGGACUUCUGGUUAUGACCUUUAUGAAAGAAAACUAAAAGUAGUUGGACCAGCUUCAAUUUUAAACAAGUUUUCCUUUGUUUAACUUCAGAUGAUCUCUGUUCUCUUUUGCUUCAACUAAUACAAGAGUUAUGUUUCUGUGUUAAAGAAAGGGUAAAUUAAGUUGAAGGGUAUAGAAGUAAAUUACACUUUUUGUAAUUAAUUAUAAUUUAUUAUCUAUUUUAUUUUUUAUUGUAGAAAAUCUGCAUAUGUAUGCCGUAACAUUCAAUAGAAUACAUACUAAAUAAUUCUUAACAUGGUAUUAGAGUAUUAGGUUAAAGAAAUUCUAAUAUCACUUACAAACUCUAUUUCGGUCUUUAUUGCCGAAAUAGAAAAGAAAAAACCUAAAAGGAUUAGAUUAACCUUCAUAGCAGAUCAUUCUAGAUCGGCCACCAGCCAUCCCUGCCGGCCACCAGUAACAACUAAACUGGCCUUCAUUGCCAGUGUCAGAACCUUCAGCUGCACUGCCUGACAGAGUCGCCCUGCAGAAAGAUGCAACCUCAAUACCAAAUCCAGAUGCGACCCUUUCUGCACCAUUGUCACUUGUCACAAUGCCACCUGCCGUGACGAGAUGCAGACACGACCCUCUCAUAAUCAGCCAUAGUCACGAGCAGACAAAGAUGCGACCUUCUCUGUCGUGACACCAUCUUCCAGAUAUGACCAGACAUGGAUAGCGGAUAGACUCGACAAGAUUCAACCAUGAGCAUGACCCGAUAGUGAACGCGACCCGACCACAAACACAAACUGCAAUGCUAGUGCUUUUCUGCCGCAACCAGAUCCGACCUCAACUAGAUCACACCACCAGAAUGCGAGCUUCUCAGCAGCGAACCAAUCACAGCCCAGAUGUGUGUUGCGAACCUCUCUAUCAUGAAGGGGUUAUUUUUGUUAUGCAUUUAUUAGUACUAGCGGGGAGUUCCUAUUUUAUUUACUUGGAUAUAUGUAACAAGGUAGAAAGUUAAGAGGCAACGUUUGUGCGAUAACUCAGAGUCUUGC